CUUAUUCGAACAGUUUACUGCCAGACGCUUGACUGAUAACCCUAUACCGCAUCAGAGCUACGAAAAGUCAAGAUUAAUAUUGUUGAUUCGAAGAAAUGUUUCCCCGAAUAGAUGCCUCUAUAAUGUUUUGAAGGCGCAAAAUUUAUUUGUUCGCAAAGGGAUUUUUUUUUGGAUUUUAAUUCCGUGAUUUAAAAAGUUACUACUAAUAUGCGUCUAGAAAUACCUGAAUUAACGAGAUGCUGUUUUUUUGUGCCGCUCCGAUACGGCAUUAUGAUAUUUGGUUAUUUAAAUUUGCUGUUUGCAGGUUUCAUAUGCGGUGCAUACAUACAUUAUUUGAACAAGAAUGCCGAGAAUGUUACCAUGAUAAGUGAUGUUAUUAUCAUAUACAAAGGCGUGGGUUUCUUUGCGCAUGUAUGGUUGACGUUUUUCUUGUAUUUCGUUGAAGUCAUAUUCUGUGGUAUAUUACUCGUUGGAGUCCAUAUGAAACGUCCGUUCUUAAUCCAAUUAUUUUAUUACUACUCAAUAGCAACAAUUUUGGCUAGUAUCGCCAUUUUUAUAAUAGAUAUCUCAAUAAAUACUCCUAUGCAAUUCAUUCCUUUGGACUAUGCUACUAUAUUCUGUGGAUUUGUGAUACAAAUAUAUUUGAUUCUCCUAGUGCGGAGUGAAUUAUCUAAGUUGCGGUAUCACGGAGACAUUAAUUAUGUGAAUCAUGUACCAAAUAUAGAGGUCCAACUCAACAGAGGCGAAGGACCUUCAUGAAGAAGAAAACUAAGGAUAUUAAUUUUAAAUUAAUGCUUCUGUUCUUUAUUUUCCUGCGUGAGACGAAUGUCAAAGACAUUUUGCAAAUAAUUUAUAUCAUAACAUAAGUUAAUAAACUUUUUUGGUUUUUCGAGUAUUUUAAAUUUA